AUGCAUCCCUCCCACCACCUUCUGGUCCGCCUCCCCAUCCGCCGUGCAACAUCUCGACAAUCAUGGACCUCCUUCGUCGAAUCCGUAACUUCCCACAAUCCGUCCUCCUCUACGACCACCCCCACCACGGCAACAAUCCCCUCUCCGACGCCCUACCUCCGUGAAGAACCCGUUGUUACAUCUUCCACCACCACUAACAAAACUUCCACCCCAUCCUACCGACGUUUCAAACCCACCUCUCGCUUCUCAAUCUACAAGAUGACGGAGAUACAAAGAACCGUCGACGAAAGUGCAGAUUAUAAAUUAAUCUUCUAUGCACCCGUCGAUAGUGUCAAUCGGAUCAAAGAGGCUAUAUUUGAGGUCGGUGGCGGGGUUUUGGGUGGUGGGAAGUAUACUAGAUGUUGUUUUUCGAGUUAUGGGACCGGACAGUUUAGAGCUGAGGUCGGGGCUUUGGGAGGGGAGGUCGGGGUUAUGAGUGUUAGGGAGGAGGUUAGAGUUGAGGUAUUGUGUCAUGGGAAGAAGGUUACUAAGGCGGCAGUUAGGGCUUUGUUGCAUACACAUCCACUCGACGUACCGGCUUAUGAGGUUUAUAAAACGGAAUUUGGGUUUUUACCACAUCAGUUGAUUGCGCAGCCUGAACCUGAGGAACGAUUAAGUUGGCGACCGCGGACGCAGGAGGAGGAGAAGAUGGCGAGUGAGGUUUCGGACCAGAUUUCCAAGCAGUUUGAAGGGGCGAGGUUGGCGGCGAGACGUCAAGCUGCUGAUUCUUCGUCUCCUUCUGCUGCUACUACUUCUUCUUCUAUUUCUCCUCAAACGGUUCGGGCGAAUGAUGGUGAUAAUCAGAAAGAUGGAAUGUCGAAGGGAAGUAAAAACGAAGACCUCACGGCGAUAUUGGACUUCCUCGAAAAGAAUACGGAUAAAGAAUCUAAAGACGGAAACACCACCACCACCACCAUAUCAUCGUCAUCCUAA